UCCCCCGCCCCCUCCGCGCGCGCAGUUCCCCGCGGCCGCCGCCGCCGCCUGUAACCUGCGCUGCCAGGAUGUGGCUGGGGGCUGACGUCGGGUCCAGAUGUGGCCCCGGCCCCGCCCACCCCCGGGGCCGGGCCGCCCACACCGAGCCGCGGCGCGCACGGCGGCUGUCCCGCCUGCCACAAUGCGCGGCGAGGCUGCGGCCGCGACUUGGCGAGGUAGUCCCUAACGUCGCUGCUCGGCAUCCUUAGGACAGGCCGCCCCUGACGCCGCGCGGGGACCCCACUGGCCCGCACCCUCCAUGCGUUCACUCUUUGGUGCCCGGCCGGGCGGGCGCCUUGCGGACGCGGAGCCGCGCGGGUGACGGCAGAGGCGGCUGCGCGCCCAGCCCAGCCCGCGGAGAGGGCGCGCCGCGCCCCCGCCCCCCGCCCGCUCUCGUGAGGCCGUGGGUGCGGAUGCGCCGCUGACGACUCGCAGCGACCAGCAGUGCCGCCGGCCCGCCGGCCGGAGCCCGCAGCAUGGCAGCCGCCGCCUAUGUGGACCACUUCGCCGCCGAGUGCCUCGUGUCCAUGUCGAGCCGCGCGGUCGUGCACGGGCCGCGGGAGGGUCCGGAGCCCGGACCCGAGGGCGCGGCCACCGCUGUCGCCGCCACGCUGCCCCGCGUCGAGGAGCGCCGCGACGGCAAGGACAGUGCCUCGCUCUUCGUGGUGGCGCGGAUCUUGGCGGACCUCAACCAGCAAGCGCCGGCGCCCGCCCCGGCGGAGCGCAGAGAGGGCGCCGCGGCCCGGAAGGCGAGGACCCCCUGCCGCCUGCCGCCAGCGCCGCCACCCGCCCCCGAGCCGGCCUCCCCUGGCGGUGAAGGUGGUGCGGCCGCGCCCCUCAGCCCCGCGUGGAGCGAGCCCGAGGCCGAGCUCGAGGCGGGGCUGGAGCCGGAGCGGGAGCCAGGGCCCGCGGGGAGCGGCGAACCCGGCCUCAGACAAAGGGGCCGGCGGGGCCGAAGUCGCGCCGACCUCGAGUCCCCGCAGAGAAAGCACAAGUGCCACUACGCGGGCUGCGAGAAAGUUUACGGGAAAUCCUCGCACCUCAAGGCGCACCUGAGAACUCACACAGGUGAGAGGCCCUUUGCCUGCAGCUGGCAGGACUGCAACAAGAAGUUUGCGCGCUCCGAUGAGCUGGCCCGGCACUACCGCACACACACCGGCGAGAAGAAGUUCAGCUGCCCCAUCUGCGAGAAGCGCUUCAUGCGCAGUGACCACCUGACGAAGCACGCGCGCCGCCACGCCAACUUCCACCCGGGCAUGCUGCAGCGGCGCAGCGGGGGCUCGCGGACCGGCUCCCUCAGCGACUACAGCCGUUCGGACGCCAGUAGCCCCACCAUCAGCCCGGCCAGCUCGCCCUGAGCCAGGCCGCUGCCCCGCCCCCAGCAGCACAGCCCCGGCCGCCCCUCUGCGGCGCCCCGCCCACCCCUCCCCGGGGCUCCGCCCACCCCUCCGUCGGCUACCCGGCCACCCCACACCCCCACCCCGUGCCCCGCCCUGCCCCUCCCCGGGGCCCCACCCCACCCCUCCGCGGGUGCCCCGCCCCUCCACGGGGUCGCCAACCCCUCCGCGGGCGCCCCGCCCCAGGGCUGGCCGAGGACACUCCGCCCCCACUACAGCCAUGAGCAGAUGCUCGCCCUUCCUCUCCUGAUGCCGUGUCUUUCCUUUUGUAAUAAGAAAGAAGAGAGAACUUUAUGAAGUCAGUAACAACAACACAAUUUCUUCACCUCAGGUGUCAAAAGUAAAUUUGUAAAAAAACAAAAAAUUUUCAAAAAACACCAUCCACAAAUUGCACAAUAGACAUACCCACAAAGGUGAGAUUCAGUGGUGUUGAACCCCUCCCCCCCCUUUCUCAGGGAUGGACAUGUUCCACGAGGUCAGUGAGGACACCCCCUUCCUGCCGCCUUACUCUGUACAUAGAUUUGCACUCUGGAGUUUUCUGUUAGGUUCGGGAACACACUGGGGACAAAGGAGAUGGAGCAGUGCAGGUGGGGCUCAGCAUCCAGCCUGUGGGUCAGUUGAUCAGUCACUUCUGAGCGGACACGGUCACUGACAUUUGCUUCCAGGCCAGAUUCCCAAGCAGGGGGCCUCCCAGCUGCCAGCUUCUGCCCCAGCAGCCCGGCCGGGCUCAGGACAUAGAUGAUUCAGAGGGAUGCCUUAAGCUGUACCGGGCAAAAGAAGCACUCCACCUGGGGAGACCACAGAAAUGCCUGCCUUGUGCGGGGGAGGCCCUGCCUAUCUCCCUCCCCCUGCCUCCAGGAGCCUAUUUUGGGGCCUCUCAGAGCACUGAGAGUAGAGAUGCAAGUCUCGGCUGGUCAGUCCAGUGCACCAUCUGAAGUCCGAUGUGAUGGGGCCCGGGGCCACGUUUGCCCAGCCCUUGGCCUGCCUGAGGUAUGUGCCCUGUGGAGGGACACCUGGUCGUCUGUGUCCUGCAGAAGGCACAUGGAGACCUCUCACUCAGCCACGUCCUCUGACUGGAAAACAAAGCCUGGGAAUCCUGGUCUUCAGAGACGUCUGAAAGUGUCUUCCGUGCCUCUAGUUCUUGCGUUCUCCUGGAUGGCCCUGGUCUCAAGACACCUUUGUUUGCAACCGUGGGGAAGGUCGUUGGGCCACCUGGCCAGAGGCCCAGUGUAUGUGGCCGUGCACGUGGCAGCGCUCGGUGCUUCACAGAGACAGUUCUGUAGCAAGAGACCGGAACAUUGUGACUUGGAACUUUUCGGGAGUGGUAAAGCAGAUGUUAAGGGAAAUGCUGUCGGAGAAUGUGCAUUCUGUUUCCUCCCUGGGGAACGCCAGACAGAAAGUUGUGGGAAAUACUUUGCUCAGACCCACCGUGUUCCCAGCUUGGAAUUAGCAAACCUCCAGCUUCUCCAUGAGCUUUGCACCCCCUGGACUUCUUUCUCCCUUUCCCUCCCAUUUGUCCCCUCCUGCCCGGGAGGAUCCAGCCCACACCUGCUCGUGGGGGCAUUGGGGCUUGGGGGCUCUGUCGCCGGCGUUCUCCUGCAGGGAGAGGAAGAGCAGAGAGCCAAGCGGUAUCUCCGGGAGCCCCCGCCUGGGCUGGGCCGGGCUUUGAGCACUGGCAUGGCAGUUGGGCUGGGCUCCAGCGUGCUGCUGCUCAGCCACGUUUGGAGGUUACACCUCAGUGCUGCUGCGCAGGCACCUCCCUUCCCUUCCUCUUGAGAGUUGGGGCGUGUAAAUACAAGCCCCAGGACAGUGUGUGCGUAUGUGUGUGUGUUGGGGUGGGGGGUGUGGGUUUGGGGUGGAUCUGGGGUAUCUUGCAGAGACCUCUGCUCAUUUUGGUGAGGAGGAAUGACCCUCGGGACCUCAGAGGGCUAGAGAUGGGCUUCCUGGGCCCAGAGUGCCUUGGUUGUGGCCGUCCUGCUUCUGUCCCCACCUUUUCAUGGCGUGGGCUGCAGCACAGAGAAGCCCCAGGGACCCAGGCAUGGCUGGUGCUCACAGCCCUUGGCCCCGGCUUUAGGCUGGUACCCUCUGCCCAUGGUGAGCACAAGAGUACAGUCUGCUUUCUGCAAUACUUGGGUACCCCUUGCAAAUUCUGUUGUGAGUCAUCUGGGCUCGGCCAGUGGCAUGGUGGUAGCCUCUGAGUGGCGUGUUAGGUGUACCAAGCUGGGCGGCAGCGUUCUUGGUGUGGGUGGAAGCCAAGCGGGGCUGGGGGUGUCAGGUGCAGAGCUGCUGGCCCUGGCCACGGUGCCCCCUUUGGGCUGCAUGACAGCCAUGCUUGCAUUUGAUCUGGGGGAGAGAGUGGAAGAUCCUAUAGAGACCUGGACAGAAGAGCGCCCUGAGUGCUGAGGGUGAGAGGUCUUGGUGCCCAGUUCCAAAGUGAGGCCCAGAAGGCCCUUGGAGGCUCCUCCCAAAGUCGUUUCUGUGUGAGGCAUAGAAAGCCACACUGAAUACAUUUCAUGUCUCAGGAACUCACAUUCCAGGUUCAGGAAUUUUAUUCCAAAGUCCUUUGGUGUGCUCACCGUCCACGGGUCCCCGAAAGGCAGGGAGAGGGAGCCGUGUGUCUCUGGGAGGCCACGCAGUGCUGUCCCCUUGAGGAGCCAGGAGUUUCCUUGUGAUCUGCCCACUGGCAUCUCAGAAGGAGGGUUUCUAACCCCACAUCUGUCUGCACAUAGGAAGGGGAGUAAGGACUCUAAACCCAGUCAUCUUGGAAUAAAAGAAGAGCUGGUUUGUUUUAGAGGCGGGUGGGGGGUGGGGGAGGGAAAGCGGGUGUUUGCUGUUUUCCAAAGAGAGCACUUAAUUUAAUUUUUCCUCUAAAUGACCCAGGGCUGUUCCAUCAGAUAGAUGGAAGGGUAACAUUGCCUUAAAA